CAUGUUCCAGUUGCUGCUUUUUUUAAUCAUCUGUCCCUCUCUGCUAAGGAAUUCCAAAAAAACUUUAGAGAUUCUUGAUUCAACUGCUGCCAAAUCCUUACGCAAUAGUGGUUCUGUUCCCACUAACCAGAACUGUCCUAGGGGGCAAUAUUUUAACAAUGGUGUCUGUUGUGACUUCUGUAAACCUGGUUCUGUUGUCAAGACAUUAGAUUGCACAAGCAAUCCUAAAACCAACUGCAAACCUUGCACAGAGGGUAAAGAUUACAUGGAUAAAGACAAUUAUAAAACUACUUGUCUACGAUGUAAUUACUGUGAUGCAGUACACGGGAUGGAACCUGAAAAAAAGUGUACCAUCACGCAGAAUGUAAAAUGUAGGUGUAUGAUUGGUUUCUUUUGCAAUUCGACUAAGCCUUGCCGCCACUGUGAGAAAUGUGAUCUGUGUAAAAAUGGCAUCGUUGUAAAAGAGUGCACCCCAACACAAAACACGAUUUGUAGGGAAAAAGAUACACAAAACGCAAAAGACGAUUUGCUAUGGCUUUGCUUAAUUCUGCCUGUUGUCGCAUUGCUUGUGGGACUGAUUUUAUGGCAGCACUAUAGGCCAAGAAUUCAAAGGAGGCCAAACAUUCCAGAUCAAAAGGGCUCUAACGAUGAAUUAGAUGAACUUAAGGAAGAUGAGUAUCCAGAUAUUGACUUGAAGCCUUACAUUCCUGAAAUUGUACGAGAUAUGGAAGUGAACCAUGUCAGAAAGCUUGUUCGGAAAUUGGGUAUUCGUACGGCUGAAAUCGAUGAGAUCGCCCAUGACAAUUUGAAUGAUUCUUCUGAACAGAAAAUAAAAUUACUGGAACGUUGGUACAAAACGUGUGGGAUAAAAGGUUCUUACAAGACUUUAAUCACCAGUCUGAGAGAACUUAAAUUUUAUGAUGCAGUUAAUAAAAUUAAUCAAAUGAGAGAAAAUUCAGCCAUCCAGAAGAUUAAAAGAGAUGUCACUAUGUGAUCAGAUUGGACUGUCUAUGUUGAUCCGGCAUAUUUCGGCAUUCAUAACAUCAGUAACAGGACUAGUAACAGAUUCCAAAUCUAUUUGGCAACUCCAAAUCUCAACCUACCGUUCCUGUCCUAAUGUAAUGUUCCCUUUAAUAAAUAAU